UUCAUCCACCACCUGUGGACGCUGCCUGGCAAGAUGAGAGAAGCCCUGGCUUAGAGAGCUUCCACUGAGAUCCUUCCCGCCAUGAUUCAUGGGGACUCGGGGAGUUUGGGGUCUCCCCUGCCCCAACCCGAGGUUCACACAGUUCACGAGGGGCUCUGGUUCUGGUUGAAACUGCUGGGGUUUGUCGGUGGGGCCGGGCUGCUCGCCCCCCUCCCACACACUGAACAUGUGCCUGCUAACCUGAGACGUAUAUCGUUUAAGAUCAUUUAGUAAGAGGUGCUACGUGCUGGGUCAGACCCCGGGUCCAUCCUGCCCGGUCCCCGGGGUGCCAGGGCAGCAAAGAGCGCUGGACGGGAGAGGGACAGGGUCCAAGCAGGGUUUCCCCCCGUUCCUCUCCCCCUCGCACCCAUUGAGGGUCCAGGACGUGGCGACCCCAAGGCAGUGCCCCGCAUUUCCGUGCCCCACAGCCCCCGAUGCCCCUUUCCCCCAGCACGGGCCCAGCCUCCGGGUGGAUCUGGCUGAACUCUCCGCUCCCCCGGCACCCGGUGCCUGCGAGCUCCCCCCUUUCACCCCACGCGGGGGGAAGCGACUGUCCCAGUGUCAGUGUUACACUGCCAGCCUGCUCGUUUUGUGCCGGGACCCCUCGUCCUUGCCUGGCGAGAGACAGCCAGGAAUCACUCCCUGGGGCCAUCUCUUCGCCACUUUGUAUGUUAUAAACCUUUGUCCUGUCCCCCCUCCAGCGCCUCUCUCCUAACCCCCCCGGGCCUGGCCUCAUUAGUCUCCCCCCCCCGCAUAGCACUGAUCCCCCUCGCUGCCCUUCUCUGCACCUUCCCCAACUCUUCCCCAUCCCCAGGGACCAGAGCUGGGCGCCGUAUUAGUGCUGUGGACACACCAUGGAUUACCAGAGGGGCGUCACGACCCUCUCCGUUGUGUUCGCAAUCCCCUUUAUCAUCACCCCUAACGUUUUGUUUGCCUUUCUGACAGCUGCGGAGGUGGCAGGCGUGAAUCCCCUGCUGAGGCUUUGGCCCAGAUUCCAUCCCCAUUUGGCAUCCAGUUCACUCUGAAACGGAGUCCAGGUCAUAGCCCAACUCAGGCACGUGGACCCCGGCGUGGCUUCGGCAGGACCUACAAAGAGCAUCAGAGAGGACAGGGCGCCUCAGGAUCUGGAGUCCCCCCCCACCAGCACACUCUGUUGGGGCUCCUCAUGGUGUCUCAGAUCAUCAAGUGGUAUCUCCUGGCCUUCAUGCUGCUGCCCACGCACGCUUGGCUGAUUGUCCAGGACUGUGAGUGGAACGUGGUGCUCAACAGCCACGAUGACCUGGGUGGGGAGAAGAAAGUCUUCCACAAGCAGCUGCCGGUGCACAGCGACAUCACCAUGUUUCACAACCUCACCGACUCGCCCAUCGACCUGACCAACAAGAACUCCCACUACUUGGCCUUUCCGUACUACCUGAAGAUCAACCUCACCUGCACCAAACAGGACACUAAGGGCGUCAUCCGCCAAGCUUUCCUCAACGGACUGAACCCGGUGGUGACCGUGACCUUCGAAGAGCCCAUCAACAACCUGCAGCAGAAAGCUGAGCAGCUGCAAAUCGAGAUGGAAGCUGCCCCUUAUAGGAUCCCAGGGCUGUGCGACAGCGAGGAGGUAUGUCACAUGAGCUGGUUCGCACCCAUGCCCAUCAUGAAUGGGAGCGUCGUGAUGGACAUCCUGGUGGAAAGCAACGGUCUUGGCCUCGACAUAGAGGAAAAGAGGUUCUUCAUCAACAUCAACGGAUACAUGAGGAACACCCACACAGGCUUGAAGGCAUCCAUCGGGCAAGUGGUGCCCAAUUUGGGAAGGAUGUUGACGCUGGGCCAGCCGUCGCGGCCCAUCUGGAGCACGUACGAGAAAGCCCCCGUUCGGGUGCUCGGGGAUUUCCCUGACCACAAGGUCAUCCUGCUGUCCAACACGGAGUUCUCCGACUUCACCGCCAUCGAGGUGGCCAUUGACAGCUGCUGGAUUGGGUCCUUGGGCUGCCCCCAGGAGAAGUUCUCCUCCACCAUCUCAGACGCCAUCUCCCUGGAGUCCAUGCUCUUCAUCCGCCAGAACCAGCUGGUCUACUACUUCAUUGGCAGAUAUGAUGUCCUCCGAAACACAAGAUUCGCAUCCACUGCCUGGAACCGGGUGCUGAACAACGUGUGCGUGGCCAAGCUGAACCCGGUGCCCUUCCCCUAUGACGGGGAGUACAUCCUCGCCCUGGGGGGUGGCAGCAAUGAGGGCGAGGUCUACGUCGGCAGCAUUCAAGAUACGUUCAUCACCUUCAUCUCCCUCUUAUCCAACAAGAAAGAGAACGUCUGCACUUUCCUGAAGACUUCUUGCCGUGUCAUCUGGGCUGUCUACCAAACUGAAGAUUCCUGCUUGACCCUGCUGGUGCAGGAGACCAAGAGCAACCAGUCCAAUUACUCCAUCGUGUCCUACAGCACAAGUACCUCUACGUUCAAGCUGCUGUACCACGUGCCUCCCUUCGUGCCCAAAGACACCGACCAGGGCUUCGUGAUGCUGGUGGGGCUGGAGGAGUACACGACCACCCCGCUGGUGCCCCGCGGCCUGUCCUACAGCCCGUUCAGCACCAUCUUCUACAUCUGGGGCAAUGUCAUCCUGCAGAGCUAUGACGCAAUGAACUACAUCUACCUCUCCGAGUUCCCGUCCCAGUCGCCCAUCAAGUACUUUGUGCAGUCCUACCGAGGCGACUUGGUCUGGGUGACUGAAUCAGAGGAGAUCUGGUUCUCGUUGGAAGGCAGCUCAGUCAUCAGGCGGGUAUAUCCCUCGCAAGCUUGGCGCUCCUACUCCACGAUGCAGCUCCUGAUGGGCUCCAGGGACUUUGGCUUGAACGAGUCCUUCAUCAGCCUCUUCUUCAACAAGGAUGGGCUGCAUCAGCUGGUGUACAUCGUGGACCCAGAUGGCACGGGCAGGCUGGUCCAGAGGAAGUUCCCUCUCUCCACUCUCCUGCCCACCCUGUACCUCAGUGAGCAACAGCACUACUGGGUCAUUGUCAGGCAAUUAGACUACAUCAGCUUCCCCGACACGUGCCUCUUCGCCAGCAUGCGCAUGCACGAGCUGCCAGCGCCGCAGCGCUUCACACGCAUGGAGCACUACCGUAUUUUGCCGCCCGAUGUCAUGGACGAGGCUGGCUUCCACAACAACUUCUCCCUAAGCGUCUACCAGGGCCUCGUUUUCCAGCUCCUGUGGCUUCACACCGACUACAACCGGCCUUACGCUGACCCGGUCCACGACCCUAUGUGGCGCUGGUGGAAGAACAAGCAGCAGUAUGAGGAUUACUACUUCUACGUGGCGAGCAACAGGAACUCCUCGGGCGGCGUCUAUGUGAAGAUGAGCAGCUACACAAAGAGCUACGACCUGAUGCCCGACAACGAGCUGCCCGAGAAGAUCUACCUGGACAAGUACAAUGAGUACAGCUUCUCCGUCUUCCUCAGCAUCGCCACCACCGAGGAUGGCUCUCCCCCAGCUGCAAAGCCUCUGUGGGGCAAGGGGCGGCCAGGCGCGGUUUCGAGAGGCUCUCCCAUCCUUGCCACAGUUGAGAGGCUGGAGGAGAAGUCUCUGGAGUAUGUGUGGCUCACCGUGGUACUGGCCCAUCCCACCCACGUGGCCUCCACCCUUCAGCGCCAGGAGCUCAUGAACCGCGGCUCUUUGCUCUACAAGGUGACCAUCAGGGACAAGGGCCACUACCCAAGGCAGGAGCUCAGUGGCCUGAACGCACUCACCAGCUCCAUGACGCUGAAGAUCAUGAACUCGGCACUGAACUGCCACCGUUACACAGGAACCGGUCUGCAGAUGCAGGGCUAUGAGGUUGUUCCCAUCUACAUCGGCUGCCCGCCAGGCAAGCGGCUAGCAUUCGACAUCACCCGCACCCUGCGCUACACUGCCAAGAAGAACAACCGGUAUUACGACUGCAUCUCCAUCAACCCUGACAUGCCUUGCUUCUUCUUCGAUGACAUCUUUUACCCCUUCUUCUUGAUUCAGGACAUGGUGACUGGCGAGUCAGGGCUCUUCCAUGGCAACUACACACUGACGAUCAUCGGCGGGGGAGCCUACAAGGAGGAGAACAUCCGCGAAUUCGCUUAUGAUAAGGUCAAGGUUUAUAACCCCCGCAUCAAUGGCAGCCCCCCACACUCGUUGAUCUGGACCCGAGCGGAUCCGACAAAACCCAUCAGGACCGACCCCAGCGGCCGCAUCGUCCUGGCCGGGACCAACAGCGGGAUCAGGUGGCUGUGCCGGCGGCAUUCUCCCUGCCACGAUAUCCUGCCCUCGGGGCUCCUCGCACCCGAUUACUACUUCCUGAUGGAGGUGACCAACAGGGAUGUGGACGAGAGCACGUACUGCGACUAUGACCUGGACUUCAUCAUCCAUGUCCAUGGGCUGCCCCUGAGCCCUGAACGCAAGUACUUCUACGUGAAGAUCACCAUGGCCAUCCUCUGGGGCAUCCUGAUCCUCUACAUCCUGUACCACGCGUUGGCACCCAAGAUUCGGGCCCUCUGGACCCGGCUGCUUCAGCGCCUGGAGGAUAUCGUCGUCCUCCGUUCAGAGUCCAUGUCCACCUUCUCAUCGCCCCACACCAGCUUCUCCUUGGACCCCGAGACGGGCGCCGAGUCCCCCCACAGCAACCGCAGGAGCUCUGUGUCCCAGGUCCCAGCCUCAGACUAGGUCCCAGAGCUGCAGCCACCGGCACAGGGGACAGCAGACACUUCUUGGGGCACAGGCCUGCCCCCCCAGACCCCUCGUUAUAUUCAAUAAAUGCCCCCACGGUCUGUUCCA